GCCCGGGUCAGGGGUCUACGCUGACGUCAACGCGGGGAGUUCAGAGGUCAGGCCGGCGGUGGCGGGAAGAUGGCGGCGGCCGCGUAUGAGAAUCUGAAACUGCAUACAACGCCAGAGAAGUUCUACUUUGAGGCUUGUGAUGAUGGAUCAAAUGAUGUGCUCAUGAUUGACCGUGUCUCUAAUGAAAUCACCCUUGGAGUUAAGAAAGAUAUCCCUCCCUCUGCAGUUACCAGGUCUGUUUAUGGAAUCAUGGGAACAAUUCGUCUGGUUGCAGGCAUGUACCUUAUAGUUAUUACUAAAAAACAAAAGAUGGGAGAAUUGUUCAAUCAUGCUGUUUGGAAAGCAACAGAAUUCGACAUCAUUUCCUAUAAGAAGACUGUGUUGCACCUAACGGAGAUGCAGAUGCUAGACAACAAGACCUUCUUGGCAAUGCUGAACAGUGUUCUCAACACUGAUGGAUUUUACUUCACCACAACCUACGACAUUACUCACACUUUGCAGCGGUUGGCUAAUACUAGUCCAGAGUUCCAGGAGAUGACUCUACUGGAAAGGGCAGAUCAGCGUUUUGUGUGGAAUGGACACCUCCUGCGGGAAUUUGCUGCACAGCCAGAGCUUCAUAGGUUUGCUGUUCCAGUGAUUCAUGGAUUCUUGACUGUGAAGCGCUGCAGCAUAAAUGGGAAAUAUUUUGACUGGGCGAUUCUCUCUCGGAGGAGUUGUUUCAGGGCAGGUGUUCGAUACUACGUCCGAGGUAUUGAUUCUGAAGGACAUGCUGCAAACUUUGUGGAGACUGAACAAAUAGUACAAUACAAUGGUUAUAAAGCAUCAUUUGUACAAACACGAGGAUCAAUUCCUUUCUUCUGGUCACAGAGGCCGAACCUGAGAUACAAACCAAAGCCCCAGAUCAGUAAAUCCAUGAAUCAUAAUGUACCUGGGCAGCAAACUGUGCUCCAGAUGAUGGAUGGCUUUCAAAGGCAUUUUGAUUCACAGCUUAUCAGUUAUGGGAAGCAAGUGAUAAUUAACUUGGUUGAUCAGAAGGGUCCUGAAAAAUCCCUGGAGCAAGUUUUCUCCAAAAUGACUUCAAGCUUGAGCAAUGGGAUGGUUAAAUAUUGUGCAUUUGAUUUCCAUAAGGAAUGCAGCCAUAUGAGAUGGGACCGGCUCCAAAUCCUUUUGGAUUGUGUAGCAGACCAGCAGGAUGAGAAUGGUUACUUCUUGGUGGAUUCUGAAGGGAAGACGAUCGCACAACAAGAAGGGGCUUUCCGGACCAACUGUAUUGACUGUUUGGAUCGAACAAACGUUGUACAAAGUUUGUUAGCUCGACGCUCUCUGCAGUCACAGCUUCAGAGGCUGGGUGUUCUUCAUGUUGGCCAAAGAAUUGAAGAGCAAGCAGAGUUUGAAAAGAUCUACAAAAAUGCAUGGGCAGAUAAUGCGAAUGCGUGUGCCAAACAGUAUGCUGGAACUGGAGCCUUAAAGACUGACUUUACAAGAACUGGAAAGAGAACCAAAUGGGGCCUUGUGAUGGAUGGAUGGAACUCGAUGUUAAGAUACUACAAGAAUAACUUUUCCGAUGGAUUUAGACAGGAUUCAAUUGACCUGUUCCUUGGAAACUAUGUUGUGGAUGAGACUGACUCUUUAGCCUUUUUACAUGAUCAGAAAGAGUGGAGGUUCCUAGCGUUGCCUAUAAUCAUGGUUGUGGCUUUCUCAAUGUGCAUCAUCUGCUUGCUUAUGGCAGGUGACACUUGGACAGAGACCUUGGCCUAUGUGCUGUUCUGGGGGAGCGCAAGUUUUGGGACUGCUGCCAUCAUUCUCUUCAACGGCAAGGAGUUUGUCGAUGCACCGAAGCUGGUUCAGAAAGAAAAGAUGGACUGAAUUUGUACAUGUGGAAAGCAGCUUGGCAACCAAGAUUCUGUGCAAAUGUGGAGGAUCUUCUGACCUGCUUUUCACAUCCAGAUGCUGUGGUGUUUUCUUUUUAAAACGAUCGAUUUCUAACUUUGGAGCUAAUGGUUGUGAUCUCCAGCUGGUGUUGGAUCACUCAGUCUCAGCUAUUACAAACAUUUCUCUUCCUUGAUAACUCUGGACGAUUUUUGGAACAACACUAGUGAAAUAAAAAGGGUUAGAAACAUUUCCUGCUCAUGUGAUCUUCCUAUUUGAUGACCAAUAACAAAUGUACAAAUAAACCCGGGGGGGGGUGGUGGGGGGCUUUUCACACAGGAUAACGGUUCAAAGCCAGCAAGCCUGUUAUUAUUCCAGUCAGCUCAUCUCUGUUUGUGUGUGUGUGUGUGUGUGUAUAUAUAAUAUAUAUAGGUAUCAUGAAAUAGUGACAGAGCGGUAACAUUUGUGUGGAAUGAGUUAUUGUUUCUAGAAGCUGUUGAGUUAAAAGUUUUGUAGAACAGUUUGGAAAUCAACCUGCCAUGUGCCCUCAGUUCUUUCAGUCCAGCAUUUAAAUCUGAAACUGCUUUCACGCCUGUCUGCAACAUAAUGGGUAAAGGGGCCUUGAUUUACAUGCAAAACUGUACAGUGAGUUUUAGAUAAACCUGGAAUUUGUAUUAUGUUACAGAAUCAACUGUAUAUUUGUUUCUCCUGAGUUGUGUAUUAUUUUCAUUUAAUGACAGUAUAAUUAUAUAAUUGAAGUCCUGCUUUUUUGCCUAAGUUUGAUAUUUGCUUGUGCAGCCCUUCCAUUUGAAGUAUUAUAUUUGAGCAUUAUCAAGCUGUCACAAUACUCAAUGGACUUGUUUCUCACUUUUGUUGCUUUUGGGAAACAAUGCACUCAGAUUCACCUGAUAUUCACCCCCCAAAACAGUGCCUCGUUUAUCCAUUCAUAUUUUUUAAUACCUUGAAAAUCCACUUUCAAUUGUUUAUAUGAUGAUGAAUGCUAUUGUCUUUUCCAUUAUUAGUAAUGUAAAAAGUGGGUUUAAAACUAGAACAGAGCAAUGAAUUUGCAAAAUGCCUUUAAAUUGUCGUGCAAUCACUGAUUAUAGAGGGCAAUUCAAUCAGUGUAUUUUGCAAAUUGAGAACAAGAAUUGUCUUUCAGAAUUGAAACUAUAGGAUCUGUCGGAAGACAUUAGGUCAAGUACAUAGGGAACUGGGCUGGGAGCAACUUCUAUUUAUACAAGUAAACUCUUAUCAGUUUUCCAACUAUUUCCAUUCCAUUGCCCUACUCUAUUAUGUUCCUUUUCUUUGGAGUAAUAAAUAAAGUGGUAUACAAA